AUGCAAAGGCAGAAAAUGGCUCCCGAGAAAGGUGAUAGUGCCAUCUGGAAGACACUAGUAUUUUCCAAGCUUACAAGAUCCGAAAUUGAAACAGUAUUAAGGAAUAAGGAAUAUUUGCAGAUGCUGAAAAGUGAAACAGAGCUGCCUGAACAACUGAACAAGGUAAUAUUUGAGCUUUUGAGCAGUGCCUUACGAUAUGGAAUAGAGUUAUCGUCUGUGGAGACGAAUUAUUGGCUUUCAUACCUAAUGAAAAGACUUGGAAAAGAUACCGGGGCACUAUUAGAGUGCACUAGAAAAUAUCAGGAUUGCUUGAAUUUGAAUGUGAUUCAAUAUAAUACAAUUAUGGAAGGUGAGAUCUCUAGCUGGAGACUGGUGGCCAAACAGAUGGCGGAAUUUGCUAUUGAGCCAGAUAGAAUGACCAUAUCAAUGCUCAUCGAUGAAUUUGCAGCUAGUAUGGAUACUUUGUCGUUGUUGAGAUUGACAGCGAUGAUCUUUGAUGUGGUGAGGGUCAAUAUAGAUACGGAGAUGAUGGAGAAGCUUAUUACAGCCUAUUCUCAUUGUAAACAGCCGGACUUGGCAUUGCUGAUGUUGAUGAGAGUAGACAAGAUUUACGAGAAGAAGCAAUCAUCUUUUCGAGACGAAAAUCGGUCAUCGAUUCCGUUGUCGGAUAAGUUGGCCCUGGACAAUCUUCUUACCCAGCUUGGAGGACGGCCCAAUGGAAUGACCAUACUCAACCAUUCAAUCAGGCCCACUUUAAAAAUGGUUGAGUCCCUUCUUCGAGUGUGCCGGAUUCCCAAUGACAAGGAUAUCGUAACAUAUUUGAGGAAGACUAUAGACAGUUAUUCAUUAGAUAUGGAAUAA